CUGAGACUGAACACUGUGAGUUCACUACUUCACUCCUCUUCAUACCUGGUGUUUAUUUCUACUUAAAGAUUUCAUGCAGGGACAGACAGUGGACUGAUAUUGGGCCCAACAGGAAAAUGGUUCCAGUUAAACUCCUCAUUCUGGGAGCUCAUAACACUGGAAAAACAGCACUGUGUGUUCGUUUCAUAACGAAGCGCUUCAUUGGAGAAUACGACCAUAAAAAGGAGGUGACCUACAGAUGCAGUCGGGUGGUGGACCAGGAAGCUGUUGAUCUUGAGAUUUUGGAUAUAGCUUGUAAGGAGAGCUCUGUGGCGUCUCUGGAGUCCUCCAUUCGCUGGGCAGACGGUUUCCUGCUGCUUUACUCCAUCACACAACGCCUCAGCUUCCUGGAGGUCCCUCGACUCAAGAAACUCAUCGAGCAAACCAAAGAAAGUCUGGUUGUCCCUACAGUGCUGGUAGCCAAUAAGGCAGACUUGGAGAUUGGCAGGGAGGUGACGACAGAGGAAGGGCAGAGACUUGCCAAAGACUUGAGGUGCAGUUUCAGGGAGCUGUCGGUUGCAGAGGCUGUGUUAGCUGUGGAAGCGGCUGUGCUUCAGCUCAUUAGGCUGGUGUUGGAUCAGCAGCGCCCUCUGCCUGACCGCCGCUCCUACAUGCUGACUGUUCGCCAUGCUCUGACCCGGAAACUGACCCGCUCCAAGACCAUGCAGUGGUGACCACAGCAAACACAAUUCACCAGUUAGGCCUAUAACAGUGGGGCAUUUAAUGAAAUUUUGUAGGCUGAUCUGACUGUUUUUGUAGCUUCAGUCUGGAGCUUCAGGCUGUCUGUGUUCAUGGUUUUUCACUCUGGAUUGUGCAGGAAAAGUGCUACAAAAAUGUUUUACUUUACAAGGAAAAUCACUGUAGACACAAAGUGUGAGUUUGACUACCUAAGAGAGUUAGUUGAACAAGCAAACUCCGAUUUAAGUUUGCAGUUUUGGCGAUAUUUACUGCACGAUUCCAUCUCAGAGGUUGGAUCUGGAUUAAUACAAUAUUAGAAGGAGAAAUUUGUGUGUCAACAGUUUAACAGGCCUGUAUGAGGAUGCAGGGCAAUUAUUCAGAGAAGAAAACAGCUUCCUUUCUGGGGAGAACAAAUAUAAAAUGGCCUAAAUACAUUUUCAAAGACAGUUGAUGUUGAUUUUUAGGUUGAACUUUAGAUACACAAAGAGUUAUUGUAGAGGACAAUAAUAUCUGUGCAGUUACGGCAGAAAUAAAUGAUAAAUAAUAUAUGUUUCUCUAAUUACAGCCUUUAUUUUUGUAAAUUAACAUGCAUUUGUCCAUAUCCUAAUGUCCUUGCGUGUAAUGUGUUAUAUUCUCCAGUAGAGAGUGGUGCAGUCAUUUCAUGGUGCAGACUCACCACGGACCCAAAGUAUGUGAAAUUACACUGUUCAGCACAAUUUGGCCAGUCUAUGAGCAACUCUGUUGCCUUUAUUA